AUGCCCAAAGGAAAAGGAAAGGGUAAAUCCAAAAAGAAAAAGGAAGUAAAAGUCGACCCAAAUGCUCUAACUGAAGUGGACAAGACAUUCUAUGAGCUGCAAAUCGCCGACCUAAACAGGAAAAUCAACCGACUUAGGACCCUCACUCAGGAACUGGAGGAAAAGAAUGAAAUCGGUAAGGAGAAUUACGAAAAAUUAGACGAAGAUCGCAACGAUAUUAUCACGUACCUUCGGAGGACCUUAACGGCGAAGUCUGAAGAAAUCAACGAGUUGCAAGAAAGGGUCAUUUCUUUGAAUGAGUCACGAGCCGAAGAUGUCUGCCAGUACGAAAAUAAAAUAAAGCAAAUGAAUGAUAAGUACAACCAAAUGCACGACCAACUCGAGUCCGAAAAUAAACUUCUGGAACGUAAGCUUAACACUUUAGAAGAAUUUCGUGUGCAGAGAGAAGAUUUGCUGCAAAAGUUCGACGAUCAAGAAAAGAAAUUUCAGGAACAAGAGGCUGAACAUCAAAAACAAAUAUAUGAAAUAGAAAAACAAUUUAUUAUAUCCAAAGAUAAGCUGCGACAAGAUUUGGAGAACAAGUUAAGGGAGCUAGCAGAAGAUUUUCAAAAGGAGAACUAUCUAAGAAUUGCAGCUUCCACUCACAGAGUUGUCCAGGAGAAUAUUUCCAUUAAUAACGAAAUUAACGAAUUAUUGAUGAAGCAGGAAAAAAUGUUGGAAGAAAAUGAAAAACUAAAAGAACGUACCAAAUAUUACAAACAACUCUUUGAAUUAGAAAAAUCCGAGAAGAUGAAGGCCUUAAACAUCAGCAGGUUGCAGAAGAAAUUGGUAACGGAGUUAACACAAAAAUGCCAAGAAUUAACCGACGACUAUAAUUGGAUCAAAGAACAGGAAACAACCGGCAAAAACUAUGUUAAAAUUAUUGAAGACCAGAAAAACACCAUCGACUCAUUGAACUACAACAACAAAAUGCUGAAACAAAAUCUUCACGCACUUUAUUGCGAAAAGUCAUCCUUGGUUACAGAAUAUAGACAUUUUAAAGAUGAAAAUGUGAGAUUGUCAUCGAUCCUAAUGGAUGCCAUCACCAGCACAGAACAAGUAUUAGCAGCGAUGGACUCAAGAGAUGCAUCUUUGAAAGUUUCGAAAAGGGAAGACUUUUUAAACAAACUUCUCAAUAUCCUGUGCAACGUUGAAAACACUCCUAUGAGAAAGCCAUCUUUGGACUCAAUUAAUUCUGCUAUUUAUAAAAUUGGGGACCUGGCGUUCGUUCCCAGAUAUAAAAGUUUUGAAGAAGUUGAAACGAAACAAUCUAAGUGCACUCAAACAAAAGCAAUUGAAGAAACAGCAUCAAAUUCGAGUAGCGAAUUUAAAUGUGUGACACACUUUGUUGAUGUAACGGGAGAACCCAUUUCUAAAGAUGCAAGGGUUGAUGAAGAUUCUCCUAUCGAUAGAGAGAACUUCCACAGUUAUGAAGAAGCUGAAUUAGAAUUUAGAAGUGAAUCUGUCUCUGAAAUAAAUUAUUCAAUAGAUUAAGUGUUA